GUAUUUUAAGUUACACACAUAUACGUGCAGCAUGCGUAUAACGAAGAAUGAAAAUGAACGACAGUGAACUCGACACUUUUAAAAACAAUAUAUCUAGUAAAAUUUUCAUCAACUACGUUUAUACAAACUUUUAAUUACAGUACAAGUCAAACGUCCCGAUUAAUGAGAUAUUUUUGAUAAAUGUUACAAACGUCAGUAGAAAGACAAGAAAAUUGACGCAAAGUGCGUUUUAUUACAUAUUAUGAACAAAUCGAAAAAGAAAAAUGUUAAACGUGUAUGUAGCGUUUCACUUUAAACUACUAUACCUAUUUUAAUGAAUCACUUAAUAUUCGAUAUUAUUACAUCUAUAUAAUACAUAGAAUUGUUAUUAUGUGGCAUCAACAAGUCUUUGCUCUUGACGCUAAAUAUAAUGCACAACGUGUAAACAAAUUACCUACUUUAGGGAUGCUGUAUAUUCGUCGCAGAAAUCAGUUGUUAAAAGAGAAGUUUAGCAAAGAUCCAAAAAUUAGAGAAAAUUAUUUAAAAUUAAGAGCAAAGCUGUUAUUUCUACGAUAUGGCGAAAACUUGGAACAAAAUAGUUUUAGUAAUUAUACAACUGAGGAAGAAAAAUCUGAAAUUAAAACAAAGCUUUACAGUAUACAAAGAAAAUCAAUUGCAGAAAGCUUUGCUUUCGAUGGAAUGCAUCAUGUUUUUGAUCAGCACAAUGCACCUGUAAUGAUGCUUAAAUUUGCAAAUAAUGAUAGAUCAAAGCUAUGCUGUGCAUCAUUGGAUGGAUUACUAUCUAUAUGUGAUGCUAUUAGCACUCCACCAAAAGUAAUAGCUUUAUUGGAGGGUCAUAAGAAAGGUGUUACUGCAUUAGAUUGGAGUAUUAGUAAUGAUCUUAUAGUUUCAUCUUCUUUGGAUGGUACAAUAAGACUGUGGAAUGUCCUAAAUACUGAAAAUAGCCCAACUUGUUUAAGAGUAGUUAAUGAUCAACAACGAGCAGAAGUUCUAUGCUGUGGAUUUAUACCAAUAAAUAAUAAUUUAAUUGUUGCUGGUAAUUCUCAAGGACUAGUGCAGAUUUUAAAUAUAUCUACUGGUAUAUAUACUCGCAAUGGAUCUUGCAAAAUUGGUGGAAAAAUUUUGUCAUUAACUUGUGAGGGUAGUGGUGGUUCUGUAAUAUGGGUUGGAAACGAUAGAGGAGUUAUUAUGUCAUUUCAAUUAGAAUCAGCAUCAGGACGAUUAACGAAAUUGAAAAGAGUACAAGAAACUGGUGGUAUGAUAAGUAGCCUUUCUUGGCGUUCAUGGCUUUCAAAGGAUGCUCCAUGGCCGGCACUUUUAGUGAGCAGUGCUUGUAAUGUAGUACUAUUAUAUCAUAUUGUCGACAAUCAAGGUUCUUUAUCCCUGUGGACAAAAUAUCCAAUAAAGCAUAAACAGUAUUUUGUGAGAUCUACUUUUUGCCCACAAAUGGAAACAUGUUUAAUAGCUACUGGUUCUGAGGAUGGUACGAUACAUCUAUUGGAUUCAGCUAGGAAAGGCAAAGCAGCAAAGAUCAAUCGACUGGAAGGUCAUGCUACACCGACAAUUGCUUUAUCUUUUAAUUAUGACGAAUCUCUUCUUGCAUCUGCGGAUCAUCAAGGACUUAUUAUUUUAUGGCGUAACCGUCAACGUCAUAUAUAAACUUUUAAUAAUGUACAAACAUAAAAUAAUAUACAAACACAUUUUAUAAAAAUAAU